UCCCGCGCCGAAGGGGAGGAUUUUUCCAUCCCGGCGCUUUCUGGGGCGUUUUGUGCUCGGCGGAGGGAGAGGGGGAAGAAUUUCGAUUUUUAAUUACUACCAUUAAAAAAAUCAAAUUUGCAAUUCUUUGGGUGGCCUGAUGGAUUCCCUGAUUGACAGCCGGAAUUGACACUCUGGGUACCUCUUAUCUCGGGCAUUUACGGCAAUUUCUAAUUGCAGGUAGUUUGUGGGGUUUUUUCAGCGCUUUGGCUCGCAUGGGAACCGAGCGAUUACUUCAAGAGGCCCGGGUUAAGUGCAGGCAGGGAGAGAAUUCAAUCCACAUUCAAAUUGCUUCAUUAAAGAGACGCAGCUUUUGUUGCAAAGGAUUUAAAUGGCCACUAGAAAGUUCUUAUUUAUUGUUUUGAGGCGGUUUAUAUAGGGUGCCCCGCGCUCGCCCGGCGCAUGGAGCCGCAGCCUCCCUCUCCCGCUCUCUCCCGCAAGGUGAUGCCGCCGGAGCCGCUGCCCAAGGGGAGCGCCCGCUGCCUCGACCCGCACGCCCGCGCCAUGUCGCAGCCCGACGGGGAGCCUCUGCCCGGCGCCCUGGAGAAGGAGGACGCCCGCUCGGCGCCCAGCACGCCGUCCACGCCGUCCGUCUGCUCGCCGCCGUCCUCCUCCUCCUCGUCCACGCCGUCGGCCGGCAAGAACGUGUGCUCCAGCUGCGGGCUGGAGAUCCUCGACCGGUACCUGCUCAAGGUGAACAACCUCAUCUGGCACGUCCGCUGCCUCGAGUGCUCCGUGUGCCGCACCUCACUGCGGCAGCAGCACAGCUGCUACAUCAAGAACAAGGAGAUCUUCUGCAAGAUGGACUACUUCAGCCGGUUUGGUACCAAGUGCGCCCGCUGCGGCAGGCAGAUCUACGCCAGCGACUGGGUGCGGCGGGCGCGGGGCAACGCCUACCACCUCGCCUGCUUCGCCUGCUUCUCCUGCAAGCGGCAGCUCUCCACCGGCGAGGAGUUCGGCUUGGUGGAGGAGAAGGUGCUGUGCCGGAUCCACUACGACACCAUGAUAGAGAACCUCAAGCGAGCGGCAGAAAAUGGCAACGGGAUCACGCUGGAGGGGGCCGUGCCCUCGGAGCAGGACAGCCAGCCGAAGCCGGCCAAGAGGGCCCGCACCUCCUUCACCGCCGAGCAGCUGCAGGUCAUGCAGGCACAGUUUGCUCAGGACAACAACCCCGACGCACAAACGCUUCAGAAACUCGCGGACAUGACGGGGCUGAGUCGGAGAGUCAUUCAGGUUUGGUUUCAAAACUGCAGAGCCCGCCAUAAAAAACACACGCCCCAGCACACGGUGCCACCCUCGGGGGCCCCCCCGUCCCGCAUCCCCUCCUCGCUCCCCGAGGACAUCCACUACUCGCCCUUCAGCAGCCCGGAGCGGGCCCGGAUGGUGACGCUGCACGGAUACAUAGAGAGUCAUCCUCUUUCAGUACUGACUGCGCGAGCUCUUCCUCAUCUGCCCACGGCGCUACCAGCACCACUGCCCCUCAGUCGCUGCAACAGCGUCCAGCCCGAGGCAACUGUUCUCAGUCAUGCAGGAGAAACUCAGAUCCAGCACUCUCAGUUGUUCCCAUUGACCAGCAUCUAACAUCCACUAUUAUUUCUCCAGCAACACUCUGUGUAUGUGUGUGUCGAGUGCAGAGUUACAUUUUUCACUUGUUUCUUGUGGACUUGUAGAAUGACAGUGAGUCUCUCCAAGGCAAUGCCAGACACAGCCAAAAGUAGUGACUCUGCUGUGCUUACAAAUCCUGCUCCCCAGUCAUGGGAAUAUGAACAGAUCAGUUCACGCUGAGUCACAGGGGGUUCGAUGAUCACCUAUGAAUAUAAAGAAAGGAGGAAUUUACGUGGUUUGGCCUGAUUCUCUUUUUGCACCAGUGAAGCAGUGUUGGUUCCCGGACGUCCCUCCUAAUUUACACUUGCAUGUGUGAAAUCCGAAAUGGGCUCUUUGGCUCAGCAACUCAAUAUACACACAGGACUCCUGAGCCAAAGCCACAGGUAGCUGUGGCUCCACUAAGUGGAAAACAUGAUGCCAGCUGGAAAUAGGCAGUUUUCCUUCCUCCUCAAAGUGCUUUAGAAUCACAUGUCCUUUGAUCACUCUGUAAGGUAAGUAAACCUUAGUGUUCCCCCCCCUCAUUUUGUAGGAGGGGAAACGGAGAUGUCCUGAACCGAAAGGAGCGGUGGGGGUUGGUGGCAGAGCCUGGCUUAGCACUCUGAAGGUUUUGAUUGCUGACUUGUUCUCAGAGCACUGAAUGUCUCUCUCCUCUCACAAACAUCUGCCAAAUCUUUUAUUAUUGUUUUUAUUAUUAGUCUCAUUUUUUAUUAACAAGCUACUUUAUUUCCGUGGAGUCAUGUUGGAUCACAAAUGGGUGUACCUACACAGAACUUAGGCACUCCAUACACUGGGACUGGGGAAUCCUUAAAGGAAGCUGAUCGUAAAUG